AUGUUGAUGUCGCUGAACGACGAAACGAUCGCUCGACACGAGGAUCAUCUCGAGAAGCUCGUGUCGUUUCGAGAAAACAUGAGCUCGUCGUCUGUUGCUCAUGUUGUUGGCGGUAACUUGGACAGCGGUGAUCAACUGCCGCUACAAUGUCCUUCAGCUCUGUUUCAUACGUCAGCUAAUGUGUCUGAUCCUUUCGCUCAGCCACGGAUUGUCUGCAGAGAUCUCCGUCCAUCUUUUCGUCAUCGCCUAGGAGCUCGACAGGAAGCGAUAGUGAAAGCUCGCUCAUCAACACAGUGGUCCCGAGCAAUGUGA